UAGGCAGAUUUAAGACAUUUGUAAAAGAAAAUGUGCGACGACGAUAUUGCAGCUUUGGUGAUCGACAAUGGUUCCGGUAUGUGCAAAGCAGGUUUUGCAGGCGACGAUGCCCCAAGAGCUGUGUUUCCAUCGAUUGUCGGCAGACCCCGGCAUCAGGGUGUGAUGGUGGGUAUGGGUCAGAAGGACAGCUACGUGGGUGAUGAGGCUCAGAGCAAACGUGGUAUCCUCACUCUUAAGUACCCCAUCGAGCAUGGCAUCGUCACCAACUGGGACGACAUGGAGAAGAUCUGGCACCACACUUUCUACAAUGAGCUGCGUGUAGCCCCAGAGGAACACCCUGUUCUUCUCACAGAGGCUCCCCUCAACCCCAAGGCUAACCGUGAGAAGAUGACCCAGAUCAUGUUUGAGACCUUCAACUCUCCAGCCAUGUAUGUGGCCAUCCAAGCCGUGCUGUCCCUGUAUGCCUCUGGUCGCACCACAGGUAUCGUGCUGGACUCUGGUGACGGUGUGACCCACACUGUGCCCAUCUACGAAGGUUAUGCCCUGCCCCAUGCCAUCAUGAGGUUGGAUCUGGCUGGCCGCGAUCUGACUGACUACCUGAUGAAGAUCCUGACAGAACGAGGCUACAGCUUCACCACCACAGCCGAGCGCGAGAUCGUGCGUGACAUCAAGGAGAAACUGUGCUACGUGGCCCUGGACUUUGAGCAAGAGAUGCAGACUGCAGCCUCAUCCUCCUCUCUGGAGAAGAGCUACGAGCUGCCUGAUGGUCAGGUCAUCACCAUUGGCAAUGAGCGAUUCCGUUGCCCUGAGGCCAUGUUCCAACCCUCUUUCCUGGGAAUGGAGUCGGCUGGUGUUCACGAGACCACCUACAACUCCAUCAUGAAGUGUGAUGUAGACAUCCGUAAAGACUUGUAUGCCAACACCGUACUGUCUGGUGGCUCCACAAUGUAUCCUGGCAUUGCAGAUAGAAUGCAGAAAGAAAUUGCUGCUCUGGCUCCUGCGACAAUGAAGAUCAAGAUCAUUGCUCCCCCAGAACGCAAAUACUCUGUCUGGAUUGGUGGUUCCAUCCUGGCAUCGCUGUCCACUUUCCAGCAGAUGUGGAUCUCCAAGCAAGAGUAUGAUGAAUCAGGGCCAGCAAUUGUUCAUAGGAAAUGCUUUUGAAAUACCUCAGUAAUAAUAAACUUGGCAAUAUUAA